AUGUUCUUCAAGGAGUUCCGGUCGGAGGCCGAGGUAACUAAGUUGAGGAGUGAAUUCCUCAAUGAUUGUCAAGGCAACAUGAGCUUGAACGAAUUUCAAGCCCAAUUCUUGGACAAAGCUCAAUUUUUUCCGGAGUUUCUUGAAAAUGACCAACUGCUCAAGGAGCAAUUUUAUUUGAAGUUGAGGAAGAAUCUUCGGGAGAAGAUUAGCUUGCGUCAAAUGGAGUCUUUCUCCAUGUUGGCGGAUGUAGCCCGGGAUCAUGAGAUUGAGAUGUCUAGAGUCGAUGAAGGUGUUUUGAAAAGAAGGUAUGAAGACGUAAACUCUCCAAGCAAGCGACCUAGACAAGAGGGUAGUUCCGGGAACCACCCCAAUAAAAGAAAUGUCCCAUUUUGUUGUCAAUGCAAGAAGAAUCAUCCAGGGGUUUGUAGAGCAGCGGACAAGGGUUGUUACACUUGUGGGAAGCCGGGGCACACUAGCCGGGAAUGUAGGUCUAAACCUCAAAGACCCAUUAUAUGCUUUAAGUGCUUUGAAGAGGGUCACAUGAGAAGCUCAUGCCCAAAAUUGACGGAAGAGGAGAGGUUAGAAGAAAGAAGAAGGGAGGCGGAGAGGAAGAAUGCCCAAACACAUGGGAAUAAAAGAGGAAGGUCCUUUCAACUCUCCGUGGAACAAGCAAGAAACACCGAUGAUGUUGUCACAGGUACAUUCCUUGUCUAUAAUGUGCCUAUGCGUAUUCUCUUUGAUUCGGGAGCGAAUAAGUCAUUUGUUGCUAUUAGAAUGAUUCAUGUUAUUCCCAUGUCUAAGUCAUGUUUAGAGAACGUUUUGCAAGUUGAGGUUGGUAAUGGUAGGAUGAAAUUAGUAAGGGAGGUGUAUUGA